CUCCUCCUUCUAGUGCUGGGCUAUCGCAGAUCGAAAAGCAGUCAACGCCAUUUUGCGUUGUCUGCAACAGGAAAGGAAGCUCGAUCGAGGCAGAAAGAGAACGAAACGCGUAGGGGUGAUUGUAUGCUGUAGUGCAUUUUAUAUGGUUUAUUUUGUAAAGCUUAUUUUUCAGUAUGAGUGACGUAGAAGAAAACAACUUUGAGGGGAGAGCGUCCAGGUCUCGCUCAAAAUCACCAGCCAGAAGUCCUGCUCGUGCAAAAUCUCGGAGCAGAUCAGCAUCUCGAAGUCCGUCACGUACUUCCAAACGAUCAGAGUCGCACUCAAGGUCAAGGUCAAAGUCCAGGUCUCGAUCUAGGAGACAUUCUCACAGGCAUUACUCUCGAUCAAGGUCUCGUUCUCGAUCACACAGGAGAAGGAGUCGAAGCAGGUCUUAUAGUCCUGACUACCGACGCAGAAGAAGCCGUAGCCAUUCUCCUAUGUCCAGUCGGCGAAGACAUGCAAGCAGCCGAGUGCGUGGUGUAAACACUGUACUUGGGGGAUCUCGCACACAAGGAAAUCCAGAGCCUAACACAUGUCUUGGAGUGUUUGGCCUCAGCUUGUAUACUACUGAAAGGGAUCUGCGAGAAGUGUUUUCCCGUUAUGGACCCCUGGCUGGAGUAAAUGUUGUGUAUGAUCAGCGAACAGGGCGGUCAAGAGGUUUUGCUUUUGUUUAUUUUGAGAGACUUGAGGAUGCUAAAGAGGCAAUGGAACGUGCAAAUGGAAUGGAAUUGGAUGGAAGGAGGAUUCGUGUAGAUUAUUCUAUCACAAAGCGUGCGCACACACCUACUCCAGGAAUUUAUAUGGGAAGGCCGACUCACAGCAGUGGAGGUGGAGGAAGUCGUCGUCGUGAUAACUAUUAUGAUAGAGGAGGGUACGACAGAUAUGAAAGAUAUGAUGAUUAUGACUAUAACAGAUACAGGCGACGAUCUCCCUCACCUUACUACAGUAGAUACAGAUCACGGUCCAGAUCUCGUUCAUACAGUCCAAGACGUUACUAAUGGCAACAUCUUAAAUUACUUCACUUCAUUUUUAGAAGGUGGAACGUCAACUUUAUUGCUGGAUUUGUAAAGAAAGCCUUUUUUAACUUUGCGUUGUACGUGUAAUUUUCAGCCAGAGUGCAUGCAUUUAUUGUGUAAUAUCCUUUAUUGGCUGAACAUUUCAGUUUCUUCUAUUUUUUGUAGAUAAAUGAAUAAAUGACAGUUUAUAACUAAAAUUUGUCCCAUUUGUAAAUUUACAGAAACGUUUUUUCAGUAAUGUUCUUGAAUUCUGCAUUGCACAUUUUUUAAUGCAUAAACCAUAUUUUGUGUUCAGCCUGUGACAUGAAAUUAAAUAAAAAAAAAAUCUGGA